AGCGUCUCCUCCAGCGGCGCGGUGCGGGGCGGGCUCGGCCAUGGCGGCGGCCUCCCUCUUCCGCGAUGUCCCGCAGGCUCAGCCCGUCCUCGUCUUUAAACUCACCGCCGAUUUCCGGGAGGACACGGACCCCCGCAAGGUCAAUCUGGGGGUGGGAGCUUAUCGGACGGAUGAUUGCCAGCCGUGGGUUUUGCCCGUCGUGAAGAAAGUGGAGCAGAGGAUCGCUGGCGACAACACUCUGAACCAUGAGUACUUACCCAUCCUGGGCCUGCCCGAGUUCCGAGCCAAUGCCUCUCGCAUAGCUCUUGGGGACGACAGCCCAGCCAUCAAAGAGAAGCGGAUUGGAAGUGUGCAGUGUCUGGGGGGCACAGGGGCUCUUCGCAUCGGAGCAGAGUUCUUGAGCAGGUGGUACAAUGGAACAAACAACACAGCAACCCCUGUCUACGUGUCUUCGCCAACCUGGGAGAACCAUAAUGGGGUCUUCACGGCUGCCGGCUUUAAAGACAUCCGAACGUAUCGCUACUGGGACGCUGCUAAGAGGGGGCUCAACCUCGAGGGCCUGCUGCAAGAUAUGGAGAAUGCUCCCGAGUUCUCCAUUUUCAUCCUUCAUGCCUGUGCGCAUAACCCAACGGGCACCGAUCCCACCCCUGACCAGUGGAAGCAGAUUGCUGAUGUCAUGAAGCGCCGGUUUCUCUUCCCUUUCUUUGACUCAGCCUACCAGGGCUUUGCCUCCGGAAACCUGGACAAAGACGCCUGGGCCGUCCGCUACUUUGUGUCUGAGGGCUUUGAGAUCUUCUGCUCUCAGUCCUUCUCCAAGAACUUUGGGCUGUACAAUGAGCGGGUGGGGAACCUGACCGUGGUGGGGAAAGACGGUGAUAACGUCCUGCGUGUCCUUUCCCAGAUGGAGAAGAUUGUGCGCGUCACUUGGUCCAACCCCCCUUCUCAAGGAGCUCACAUUGUGGCCACUACCCUUACCAACCCCGAGCUCUUUGCCGAGUGGAAAGGUAACGUGAAGACAAUGGCGGAUCGAAUUUUGAAGAUGAGAUCAGAACUCCGAGCGCGAUUGGAAGCCCUGCGCACGCCAGGAACCUGGAACCACAUCACUGAGCAGAUUGGAAUGUUCAGUUUCACGGGGCUGAACCCUAACCAAGUGGAGUACUUGAUUAAGGAGAAGCACAUCUAUCUGCUGCCAAGUGGCCGCAUCAACAUGUGUGGUCUGACCACCAAGAACCUGGAUUAUGUGGCCACUUCAAUCCACGAAGCCGUUACUAAGGUCCAGUGAAAGCCAUCACUACAACCAGCAUCACCAAAGCUGCUUUGUGUAACGUGUCCGUUCUCUGCUUGUGCGAACGUAUUCAUGUGUAGUUGAUUUUAAGAACAGAAAUGGAGCGGGUGCCAUUGUUCAGGGUGGCUUUGGAGGCUGGAAAGCCCACGCCAAAGCUGAAGAGGGGCAAACUGCUAUAUCAAAUUUAAAAAAAUGCACUCACAGAUUUAAGAUUUAGACAUCCUGGCCAUUCUAUCAUAAAAUGAAUGGGUUUUUAGCUUUCACUUGCUUCUGUACGGGUAUUGUUAAGGAUGGAUUCCAAUCAUCUUUGCCAGGAAGCAAAAUCUUUUCCCCAAAAUCAGUCUUUGAGGAGCUCAUUGUGAUUGUAGCUGUUGCCCAUGUCAUUAAAGAGAAUAUUUCAUUUC